AUGGCGAACUCCGAUGAUGUCCAGGUCGGUGACCUGGUCAACGUGCCCGGUGGCAUGUAUGGCACCGUCAAGUUUCUAGGAACUGUCGCGGGCAAACCAGGUCGAUUUGCUGGAAUCGAACUGAGCAGUGAACAUUCCCAGCGAGGCAAGAACAACGGCGAUGUCGAGGGACGAAAGUACUUCGCGACCUCUGUCCCUGGGUCUGGUAUAUUCGUCCCCAUGAACAACAAUAAAUACGUCACUCGCCGAUCUACAUCCCACUCUGCCAGCACCAUUGCCCCUCCUACCACUCCAGGACGCGCCCCCGUCAAUUUCAGCAAAUCCAUGGGCCCGAGCCUUUCGACACCUCGCCCACGUAUGCGACGACCCUCCCUCCCCCGCCCCGAAUCGCCUCGUGUUGCUCCUCCUAAAUUGAGCCUCGGCGGGCUGCGCACCCCAUCCGCCAGCUCCAAGGCGUCAAAUGGAUACCAACGCAGUCCGGUAAAGGCGCCGUCUCGUCUAUCUGACCGACCCCCCUCUCGAAUUAGUUUGGAUGAUGAUACCUCUUCUUAUGGUGGAAGACAGUCCGAUUUCAACCGACCUUCUCGACCUUCUUCGUCCGAAGCGCUGGGCUUGAAGGAACAAGUGAAGGGCCUAGAGAAGCAGCUGUUGGAGCGUGAUAAGCAACUGGAAGAGCAAUCGAAGACACUGGGUGAUUUCCAGAAAAUGUUGGAAGAAAUGGAGGGCGCGGAUAACAUGAGCGUUCGCACCCAGUUACGUGAAAGAAACGAGCGCAUUACCCAAUUAACGGCCGAAUUUGACGGACACCGCGCGGAUUUCCGGAGUACGCUUGAUACGCUUGAGAUUGCAGCCUCCGAGACCGAACGCGUUUACGAGCAGCGUCUCGAUGAGCUGAUGCAACAAAACAAGGAGUUGCAGGAUCGCGGCGAGGAUGUGGAGAUCGUUGCACAACAACUGAAACAACUAGAGGAAUUAGUCUCGGAACUGGAGGAGGGUCUUGAAGAUGCAAGGCGGGGAGAGGCCGAAGCAAGGGCCGAGGUCGAGUUCCUUCGAGGUGAAGUCGAGAGAACGAAGCUGGAACUGAAGAAAGAGAAAGACAACUCCGUCGCGGCACUUAAAGAUGCGCACGCUGCUUCGGAUGGGCCUCACGCCCACAGCUCGCACGAAUUGGAUCAAAAGGAUGACGAAAUUCGAGGUCUCAAGGCCAUUAUUCAUUCGUUGAGCCGCGGUGGUUCUAAUCCUACGGAUAUGGGCGAGAACGGCCAUAGCAACCCCCACAACGAUCAGUCCGAGCAUGUGUCCGAGCUGGAGAAGCAACUGCAUGAAAUUGAGGGAACAUUCCAAGUCAAGGACAAUCGCAUUGAAGAGUUGGAGCGGGAGCUGCAGGAACUUCGCACAAGCGCUACCAAUGGAAGUGGUCGUAACCGCAGUUCCACUAUCACCCUUUCUCCUUCGAAACAACACAAGCCAACCAGCUCUUCUGGCAGCAUUCCUGCCACCAGCUCCAAUCAAAUCCAUCGUCUGUCUGACCGCACUGUGGUCCCAACUGACUGGCAUGAUGCCCCGGCCAACCCCAGCGAAGCUCGCCAUCACCAUCGUGGCGCAUCCAGCUCUUCGCAACCGCGCCUUGAAUCCAUGCCGGAAUCUGAACGCUCUUCUGAUGAUGAUUCGCAGUGGUGUGAGAUUUGCGAGACUGGCGGACACGAUAUUCUAAACUGUACGAGCAUGUUCGGCUCCAAGAACGCCGAUAAACCGAAACCCGCGCCGGUCGCUGCUGAACAACCCCGGCGGAAAAGUCAACUGAUGACCAUGUGGCUUCGAACCAUGGGGCAUCGGACACCAAGGACCGGCCGUGAUGUUGUCCUCGAGGGUCUGAAGGGUAUUGGCGGCCUAGGAUCCUCAAUGGCACCGGCUGCUGGCAAGUCAUCGGGUGUUAUUGACGAGUCCAAGUGGUGUGCUCUCUGUGAGCGAGAUGGUCAUGAGAGCAUCGAUUGCCCUUUUGAUGAAUAA